AUGCCUACUCCACUAGAUCGGGCCCUGAAUUCCAAGAAUCUCUUCCUUGGCUUCGCGGGCAUGGUUACGGCGGUAGCAGCCUGGUCAAUCUGGGGAACUGAUGUAUUCCCUGCAGAGGCCGACCCGACUGGAAGUCCAGAGAGCUGGACUGCGGAUGAGAUGAGAAGGUGGCUGCGGGCAAGGGGCCUUCUGCCUAACGAGACCGCGACACGGGAAGAGCUACUCGAAAGAGUGAAAGCCAAUCUGCGCAUACCGCGCAAGACGAAUCCGCCAGCACCGCAGACGUAA